AUGUGUUCCCCUGAAAUCCUAAUUUUAUAUCAUGUCCAGUAUGCCAUUGAUGCUUUAUCCCAUUUCCAUGGGCUUUCUGAUAGAUUGAUAGUUUUGUUGCUGGUAUUUGAUCAUUCCGGGAUUUUUUUUCUGCUACAUUUGUAUUGUGACGUUCAGGCCCUAUUUGUUUUAACAAUUCCAUCACCUGAAUCUCUCUUUGAACGAGUGUGUUAUAAUGCUGCCGCCGAGUUGUACUUGCUCUUCUCAAAAUUGUUUCUGACUCACUUGCCGUUUCGAAUGCGUUUUUACCAUUUUUUUUGUCCGUGGUUUAAUGGCAAAUAUGUGCAAUUUGUCUUUGCAUUUCCUGGGCCUGUACCUUUGCGUUUGCCUGUGGUUAAAAACUGUCGUCCCUCAAUUGCGUUCCUGCAGAUUGCUUCUAGUGGUAUAAUGGUGAUUCUUUUGCUUCCAAUGCUGCCCGUUUGGCUCUUUAGCGCGCGUAUGCUUCCUCUAAACCACGUAUAA